CGUGAACAGAAGCUGGAGUACAUUUUGAACAUAAGAAAUUUCUGAUGAAAAAAUCGUUUCGUCCCACACCAAAAUCAGACCUUCCCCCGUGACAAUUUACAAGGAGGCAUCAGAUUCAACGCAACAAUCUCUCCGAUGUGGGAACUUUCCCGCCAAAUCAACGAACUCUCACCGAGCUCCAUUGCACCUUCUCCGCCAUGAUCACCCGCCAAACCUCCUCCUCCUCCUCCUUUACCUUCAGGUUCCUAUCACUCUCUUUCCUCGUCCUCUCCAUUUCACUCUCUCUCCUCCGUUUCAGACCCACUCCUCUCGCAUCUCAAACCCUAACCCUAAAUCCCUCACUACCCAAUUCGACUCUUCCUCGACCCCAAGCCCCUCGCAACUACUACAUCGUCCGGUUCCUCCAGUACAGGCUCGCGGAGGAGCACCGGGCUUAUCUGGAAUCGGGGGUUCGAUCCGACGGCUGGGAAUGGAUCGAGCGGAAGAACCCGGCCGCCAAGUACCCUACCGAUUUCGGGUUGGUGUCGAUCCAGGAAUUCGCGAUAGAGAGGGUGGUUGGGGAGAUUGGGAAGCUGGGUCUGGUGAAGGAUGUGAAUGUGGAUUUGAGCUACAGGAGGGAUUUGCUUGGGGAGGAGAAGGGGGCUAGUGCUAGGGUUGGGGCUUUCAUGGACGGGAAGAAGCGACCGGGGAAGAUUUUCACUGCGAUGUCAUUUAGCGAGGGCGGGGGCGGGGGCGGGGGCGAGGGUGAGUAUCACUUUGCGAUUAGUAAUGCUGCCGUUAGAUGGGGACGCCAGCUCUUGAUGCAGAGAUCUCAAGUUACUUCCCUGUUUGGAGCGGAUGUUCUUUGGUCAAAAGGGUAUACUGGUGCAAAAGUCAAAAUGGCCAUAUUUGACACUGGUAUUCGAGCUAAUCACCCACAUUUUCGUAAUAUCAAGGAGCGUACAAACUGGACAAAUGAGGAUACGCUAAAUGACAAUCUCGGACAUGGGACAUUUGUUGCUGGUGUUAUUGCUGGUGGAGAUGCAGAGUGUCUCGGUUUUGCUCCAGAUACCGAGAUUUAUGCUUUUCGCGUAUUUACUGAUGCACAGGUAUCAUACACAUCAUGGUUCCUUGAUGCGUUCAACUAUGCUAUUGCAACCAACAUGGAUGUAUUGAAUUUGAGUAUAGGUGGACCUGAUUACUUGGAUAUCCCAUUUGUGGAGAAGGUUUGGGAAAUAACAGCAAAUAACAUAAUUAUGGUUUCGGCAAUCGGAAAUGAUGGACCACUUUAUGGCACUUUAAACAAUCCAGCAGACCAAAGUGAUGUCAUUGGUGUUGGUGGCAUUGACUACAGUGACCACAUAGCCUCAUUUUCUUCACGUGGCAUGAGUACUUGGGAGAUUCCUCAUGGUUAUGGUCGUGUGAAGCCAGAUGUUGUUGCAUAUGGACGGGAAAUUAUGGGUUCCAAAAUCAGUACUGGUUGUAAAAGUUUAUCAGGCACUAGUGUGGCAAGUCCUGUGGUUGCUGGUGUUGUAUGCUUGCUUGUUAGCAUCAUCCCUGAAAGCAGUCGGAAAGAUAUUUUAAAUCCAGCCAGCAUGAAACAAGCAUUGGUUGAGGGAGCUGCGAAGCUUUCAGGUCCCAAUAUGUAUGAGCAGGGUGCAGGCAGAGUUGAUCUGUUAGAAUCAUUCGAAAUCCUUAAGAACUACCAACCACGGGCAAGCAUCUUUCCUGGUGUUCUGGAUUAUACAGAUUGCCCUUAUUCCUGGCCUUUUUGUCGUCAACCACUUUAUGCAGGUGCCAUGCCUGUUAUCUUUAAUGCCACUAUUCUGAAUGGGAUGGGUGUGAUUGGCUAUGUUGAAAGCCCGCCAACAUGGCAUCCUUCCAAUGAUGAAGGGAAUCUUUUAAGCAUUCACUUUACUUAUUCGGAGGUCAUUUGGCCUUGGACUGGUUAUUUAGCGCUUCACAUGCAAAUUAAGGAAGAAGGCUCCCAAUUUUCUGGAGAGAUUGAAGGCAAUGUCACUCUUCAGGUGUACAGUCCUCCAGGUCAAGGAGAGAAUGGCCAUCGGAUUAGCACAUGUGUGCUUCAUUUGAAGUUAAAAGUGGUUCCAACUCCAGCAAGAUCAAAACGUGUUUUGUGGGACCAGUUCCACAGUAUUAAGUAUCCUCCUGGUUAUAUUCCAAGAGACUCUCUGGAUGUUCGUAACGACAUUCUUGACUGGCAUGGAGAUCACCUGCAUACAAAUUUUCAUAUUAUGUUCAACAUGUUACGAGACGCUGGAUACUAUGUUGAAACUCUUGGUUCUCCUCUUACAUGCUUUGAUGCUCGACAGUAUGGGACACUUCUGCUGGUAGAUCUUGAAGAUGAGUACUUCGAGGAGGAGAUUGAAAAACUGAGGGAUGAUGUUAUUAGCAGCGGAUUGGGGCUGGCUGUAUUUGCUGAGUGGUAUAAUGUUGACACAAUGGUUAAAAUGAGAUUCUUUGAUGAUAACACACGCAGCUGGUGGACUCCAGUUACUGGAGGUGCAAAUAUUCCAGCGCUGAAUGAUCUUUUGGCUCCAUUCGGGAUUGCUUUUGGAGAUAAGAUUCUAAACGGUGAUUUUUCUAUUGACGGUGAGCAGAGUCGAUAUGCAUCUGGAACAGAUAUUGUGAGGUUUCCUGCAGGUGGUUUUGUGCACAGCUUCCCUUUCCUGGAUAGCUCAGAGAGUGGCGCCACUCAAAAUGUAUUGUUGACUUCUGGCAUGACUAAGGCAGACUCUCCCAUUCUUGGUCUUUUGGAUGUGGGCCAAGGUCGAAUUGCAGUAUAUGGAGACUCCAAUUGUUUGGACAGUAGCCAUAUGGUUACCAACUGUUAUUGGCUAUUGAGGAAAAUUUUAGAGUACACUAGUGGGAGCAUUAGAGAUCCGGUGCUUUUCUCUGAUUCAGUUAAACAAUACACACCCUUGUAUGUAGAAGACAACCAAUUACCUUCUCGCAGAACUGAUGUAAAUUUCUCUACAUAUUCUGCUGUAAUGGGAAAGGAAUUGAUCUGUAGGAGCGACUCCAAAUAUGAAAUAUGGGGGACUAAGGGAUACAAUUUACAGCUUAGGGGAAGAAAAUUGCCUGGUUACGUCAUUGAUUUGGGGAGAGGUUUAAAUUCUACAGUAGACACUUCCAAUUUUAGGCGUCCCAAGUUGCCUGUGAAAAAUAAGGGUGAUUCGGGAAACAGAUACUUGGGCGGCCUUUUCAACAGGGAUGAGCUUGACAUGCCGGUGCUAGGUGUUAGUCAUUGGCUUGUUCCUGCAGUAGUUGCAGUAACUGGUGUUCUGUUAGUUUUGGGCUUUUGGCGAAUCCGACAAAGGCGACGUCGAAGAAGGAAAGGAUCUGGCUCCGGUCGGUUUGCCAAUCUAUAGUCUGGAGUUUCUGUAGCUUAAUCCUGUAUCAUUGUUCUACUACCCUAGAAUUUCUUGCGACAUUGCAAUCCGAGAGUUUUGUUGUCGGCUUCAUCACAGGAAAAUAGUUUUGUAAUCUUCGUAGGUUUAUAGCAUAAUUCUUUGCUCCGAUGCUUUACAGUGGCACAAAUUUUCAGUGUAGUGAGAUUAUAAAAUCACAGGUAUCAGCCUAGUGGAAAGUUACAACCUCA